AUGGGUGCUCCCAACGGCAACGCACACCCUAGCGGCCUCCCCUCACAUUUUAUCGGUGGCAACAACCUGGAAGUAGCGCCUCCCAGUACCGUCAAGGACUUUGUUGCCAAUCAUGGUGGUCACUCCGUGAUCAGCUCGGUGCUGAUCGCCAACAACGGUAUCGCCGCCGUUAAAGAGAUCCGUUCAGUACGGAAAUGGGCUUAUGAAACUUUCGGCAAUGAGCGCGCUAUUCAGUUCACUGUUAUGGCCACCCCCGAAGAUUUGCACGCAAACGCCGAUUACAUUCGUAUGGCCGAUCAAUACGUCGAAGUGCCCGGUGGUACAAAUAAUAAUAAUUACGCCAACGUCGAGUUGAUUGUCGAUGUGGCAGAGCGUAUGGAUGUCCACGCCGUGUGGGCUGGUUGGGGUCACGCUUCUGAGAACCCCCGGUUACCAGAGUCUCUGGCUGCUUCCCCUAAGAGGAUUAUCUUCAUUGGUCCCCCCGCUUCGGCCAUGCGCUCGCUGGGAGACAAGAUCUCCUCUACCAUUGUCGCACAACACGCCGGUGUCCCCUGUAUUCCUUGGUCAGGAACCGGUGUCGACGAUGUGGAAGUUGACGAUAAGGGAAUUGUGACCGUUAGGGAUGAGAUCUACAGCAAGGGUUGUACAUACUCCCCCGCGGAGGGUCUGGCAAAGGCCAAGGAAAUUGGUUUCCCUGUCAUGAUCAAGGCCUCCGAAGGUGGUGGUGGUAAGGGUAUCCGUAAGGUUGAGAGCGAGGAGAACUUCGUCUCUCUGUACAAUGCGGCCGCGAAUGAGAUCCCUGGUUCGCCCAUCUUCAUCAUGAAGCUGGCUGGAAAUGCCCGCCACUUGGAGGUGCAGCUGCUGGCCGAUCAGUACGGACACAACAUUUCCCUCUUUGGUCGUGAUUGUUCCGUGCAACGUCGUCACCAGAAGAUUAUCGAGGAGGCUCCUGUGACUAUCGCCAAGCCCAUUACUUUCCAGGCCAUGGAGAAGGCCGCUGUUAGCCUGGGUCGUCUGGUCGGUUACGUUUCCGCUGGUACUGUUGAGUACCUGUACUCCCACUCCGAUGACAAGUUCUACUUCCUUGAGUUGAACCCCCGUCUUCAGGUCGAGCAUCCCACCACUGAGAUGGUUUCUGGUGUCAACUUGCCCGCUGCCCAGCUCCAGAUUGCCAUGGGUAUCCCUCUGCACCAGAUCCGUGACAUUCGUCUCCUAUACGGUGUUGACCCCAACACCUCUUCCGAGAUCGACUUCGACUUCUCUAGCGAGGAGAGCUUCCAGGUCCAGCGCCGCCCACAGCCCAAGGGUCACACCACUGCUUGUCGUAUCACCUCUGAAGACCCUGGCGAGGGUUUCAAGCCUUCCAGCGGUACUAUGCACGAGCUGAACUUCCGUAGUUCCUCCAAUGUCUGGGGUUACUUCUCCGUCGGUACAGCUGGUGGUAUUCACAGUUUCUCCGACAGUCAAUUCGGUCACAUUUUCGCCUACGGUGAGAACCGUUCCGCUUCGCGAAAGCACAUGGUUGUGGCGCUGAAGGAACUGAGCAUUCGUGGUGAUUUCCGUACCACCGUUGAGUACCUCAUUAAGCUUCUGGAGACCCCUGCCUUCGAGGACAACACCAUCACCACCGGAUGGUUGGAUCAGCUGAUCUCUAACAAGCUGACUGCUGAGCGUCCCGAUCCCAUUAUCGCCACUCUUUGCGGUGCUGUCACCAAGGCUCACCUUGCCAGUGAGGCUGGUGUCGAUGAGUACCGUCGUGGCCUUGAGAAGGGUCAGGUUCCCUCUAAGGAUGUCCUGAAGACCGUAUUCCCCGUUGAUUUCAUCUACGAGGGUUACCGCUACAAGUUCACUGCUACCCGUGCCGGCCCUGACAGCUACCACCUGUUCAUUAACGGAUCCAAGUGCUCCGUUGGUGUCCGCGCUCUGGCUGACGGUGGUCUGCUUGUUCUGCUGAACGGUCGCAGUCACAACGUUUACUGGAAGGAGGAGCCUGCUGCCACCCGUCUCAGUGUUGACGGAAAGACCUGUCUCUUGGAGCAGGAGAACGACCCUACUCAGCUCCGUUCGCCCUCUCCCGGUAAGCUGGUCAAGUUCACCGUUGACAACGGCGAGCACGUUCGUGCCGGUCAGGCCUACGCCGAAGUUGAGGUCAUGAAGAUGUACAUGCCUCUCAUCGCCCAAGAAGACGGUAUUGUGCAGCUCAUCAAGCAGCCUGGAGCUACUCUUGAGGCUGGUGACAUCCUCGGUAUUCUCGCUCUGGAUGACCCCUCUCGUGUUAAGCAUGCCCACCCCUUCACUGGCCAGCUGCCCGAGCUUGGAUCCCCUGUCGUUCUCGGUACCAAGCCUCCUCAGCGUUUCACUCUGCUCCACAGCAUCCUGGAGAACAUCCUGCGUGGCUUCGACAACCAGGUCAUCAUGAACAACACCCUGAAGCAGCUGGUUGAGGUCCUUCGCAACCCUGACCUUCCCUACGGAGAGUGGAAUGCCCAGUCUUCUGCUCUGCACUCGCGUAUGCCUCAGAAGCUGGACGCUCAGCUGCAGACCGUUGUUGAUAAGGCCCGCGCUCGCCAGGCUGAGUUCCCUGCUAAGCAGCUUCAAAAGACCCUUGUCCGCUUCAUUGAGGAGAAUGUCAACCCUGCUGAUGCUGAGAUCCUCCGCACUACUCUCCUGCCUCUGGUUCACGUUAUUAACAAGUACCUUGAUGGCUUGAAGGUUGCUGAAUACAAUGUCUUCAUUGGCCUCCUUGAGCAGUACUACGAGGUCGAGAGACUCUUCUCUACUGGUACCAAGCGUGAUGAAGAUGUCAUCCUCAAGCUCCGUGAGGAGAACAAGGAGGAGAUCACCAAGGUCGUUGCUACUGUUCUGUCUCACAGCCGUAUCGGUUCCAAGAACAACCUGAUCCUAGCCAUCCUUGACAUGUACCGCCCCAAUCAGCCCGAGGUUGGCAAUGUUAGCGCCCACUUCAAGCCUAUCCUCAAGAAGCUUACCGAGCUCGAGGCUCGUUCCGCCGCCAAGGUUACCCUCAAGGCCCGUGAGGUCCUUAUCCAGUGCGCCAUGCCUUCCCUUGAGGAGCGUCUGUCCCAGAUGGAGCACAUCCUGCGAUCCUCGGUUGUGGAGUCCCGCUAUGGCGAGACUGGCUGGGAGCACCGCGAGCCCGACUUCGGUGCCCUGAAGGAGGUUGUUGACUCCAAGUAUACUGUCUUCGACGUCCUUCCCCGCUUCUUCGUCCACAACGACCCAUGGGUUACCCUCGCUGCUCUCGAGGUCUACGUGCGCCGUGCUUACCGUGCUUACACCCUCAAGGCCAUUGACUACAGCCCCUCUAGUGAGAGCCCCUUCUUGUCUUGGGACUUCACCCUUGGCAAGCUUGGCCAGUCUGAGUUCGGCUCUGUCUCUUCCACUCAGCCUUCUGCCCCUGGCACUCCUAUCUCUGAGAUCCCUAGCCCCUUCAAGCGUCUCAACUCUAUCAGCGACAUGUCUUACAUGAUCAACGACACCUCCAGUGAUCCCGUCCGCAAGGGUGUGAUCAUUCCCGUCCAAUAUCUGGAGGAUGCUGAGGAAUCUCUGGCUAAGGCUCUGGAGGUUUUCCCUCGUUCUGGUACCGCCAAGGCUGCUGCUGGUAGCAGCGGCUUGAUCGCCAAUCUGGAGGGCAAGCGUCGCCCCACAAGCACCAUCAAGACUGAGAACGAUAGCGAGCUCACUGGAGUUUGCAACAUUGCCAUCCGUGAUAUCGAGGACCUUGACGAUGCCCAGCUUGUUGCUCAGAUGGAGAAGCUGCUCUCCGAUACCAAGGAGGAGCUGCUUGCCCGUCGCAUUCGCCGUGUCACUUUCAUCUGUGGCAAGGAGGGUGUCUACCCCGGCUACUUCACUUUCCGUGGACCUUUGUACGAGGAGGACCUUAGUAUCCGUCACAACGAGCCUGCUCUGGCCUUCCAGCUUGAACUGGGUCGUAUGUCCAAGUUCAAGAUCAAGCCCGUCUUCACUGAGAACCGUAACAUCCACGUCUACGAGGCUCUCGGCAAGGGCCCUGAGAACGACAAGGCUGUUGACAAGCGUUACUUCGUCCGCACCGUGGUGCGCCCUGGUCGUCUCCGUGAUGACAUCCCUACUGCCGAGUACCUUAUCUCGGAGGCUGAUCGUUUGAUGAACGACAUUCUGGAUGCCAUGGAGAUUAUCGGAAACAACAACUCCGACUUGAACCACAUCUUCAUCAACUUCUCGCCUGUCUUCAACCUUGAGCCUGCUGAUAUCGAGCAAGCUCUGGCUGGCUUCCUCGACCGCUUCGGUCGUCGCCUGUGGCGCACUCGUGUCACUGGUGCUGAGAUCCGUAUCCUCUGCACUGACCCUAGCACUGGUAUGCCUUACCCUCUCCGUGUGAUCAUCAGCAACACCUACGGAUUCAUCAUUCAGGUUGAGCUGUACAUCGAGCGCAAGUCCGAGAAGGGCGAGUGGAUCUUUCAGAGCAUUGGUGGCACCACAAAGCUCGGCUCUAUGCACAUGCGCCCCGUGUCUACACCUUACCCCACCAAGGAGUGGCUGCAGCCCAAGCGUUACAAGGCUCACCUUAUGGGAACUCAGUACGUCUACGAUUUCCCCGAGUUGUUCCGCCAGGCUUUCCAGAACAGCUGGACCAAGGCCCUCGCCACUAUUCCCUCUCUCGCUUCUCAGCGUCCUCCUGUUGGCGAGUGCAUCGACUACAGCGAGCUUGUUCUUGAUGACACUGAUAACCUUGUGGAGGUCUCCCGUGAGCCUGGUACUAACUCUCACGGUAUGGUCGGAUGGCUCGUCACUGCCCGCACCCCUGAGUACCCCCGUGGUCGUCGCUUCAUCAUUGUUGCCAACGAUAUCACCUUCCAGAUUGGUUCGUUCGGCCCCCAGGAAGACAAGUUCUUCCACAAGUGCACUGAGCUCGCUCGCAAGCUGGGUAUCCCACGUAUCUACUUGUCUGCCAACUCUGGUGCCCGUAUCGGUAUUGCUGAUGAGCUGAUUCCUCAAUUCUCCGUUGCAUGGAACAACCCUGCCAAGCCUGAGGCUGGCUUCAAGUACCUCUACCUCACCCCUGAGGUUAAGAAGCGCUUCGAUGCUAGCAAGGAGAGCACAGUUAUUACUGAGCCCAUCAACGAGGACGGUGAAGAGCGUCACAAGAUAACCACCGUUAUUGGUGCUAAGGAUGGUCUUGGUGUUGAGUGUCUGAAGGGCUCAGGUCUUAUUGCCGGUGCCACCUCCAAGGCUUACGAGGACAUCUUCACCAUCACCUUGGUUACUUGUCGCUCUGUUGGUAUCGGUGCCUACCUUGUCCGUCUUGGUCAGCGUGCUAUCCAGGUUGAGGGCCAGCCUAUCAUCCUUACUGGUGCCCCUGCCAUCAACAAGCUGCUGGGUCGUGAGGUUUACACUUCUAACUUGCAGCUUGGUGGUACUCAGAUCAUGUACAAAAACGGUGUCUCCCACAUGACUGCCACCGAUGACUUCGAGGGUGUUCAGAAGAUUGUCGAGUGGAUGUCUUUCGUCCCCGACAAGAAGGGUGCCCCCGUCCCCAUCCGUGCUUGGUCUGAUGACUGGGACCGUAAGCAGGAGGAGGAGGGCUUCCUCUCCGGUCUGUUCGAUAAGGACUCCUUCGAGGAGGCUCUUGGCGGUUGGGCCAAGACCGUCGUUGUUGGUCGUGCUCGUCUCGGUGGUAUCCCCAUGGGUGUUAUCGCUGUUGAGACUCGCUCAGUCGAGAACGUCACCCCUGCCGACCCUGCUAACCCCGACUCUAUGGAGAUGAUCACCCAAGAGGCCGGUGGUGUCUGGUACCCCAACUCCGCCUACAAGACCGCCCAGGCUCUCCGCGACUUCAACAACGGUGAGCAACUUCCUGUCAUGAUCCUUGCCAACUGGAGAGGUUUCUCUGGUGGUCAGCGUGACAUGUACAACGAGGUUCUCAAGUACGGCUCCUACAUCGUCGACGCUCUCGUCAAGUACGAGCAGCCCAUCUUCGUCUACAUUCCUCCCCAUGGUGAACUCCGUGGUGGAUCUUGGGUCGUCGUUGAUCCUACCAUCAACCCCGAGCAGAUGGAGAUGUACGCUGAUGAAGAAUCCCGCGGUGGUGUCCUCGAGCCCGAAGGUAUCGUCAACAUCAAGUACCGCCGUGACAAGCAGCUCGACACCAUGGCCCGUCUGGACCCUACAUACGGUGACCUCCGCCGCUCCCUGGAAGACCAAACCCUCACCAAGGAGCAGCUGUCCGAGAUCAAGACCAAGAUGGCCGCUCGCGAAGAGCAGCUCCUCCCCGUCUACAUGCAGAUCGCUCUCCAAUUCGCCGACCUCCACGACCGCGCCGGCCGCAUGCAAGCCAAGAACACCAUUCGUCAACCCCUCAAGUGGCAGAACGCCCGUCGCUUCUUCUACUGGCGUCUGCGCCGCCGUCUCAGCGAAGAGCUCAUCGUCAAGCGCAUGGUUGCUGCUGCUCCCGUUCAAACCCCCGCUACUGGCGCCGCUGGUACCAUCCCCGCUACCGGUAUCCCCGUCCACACCAACACCGAGUCUCCCCGCGUUGCUCACCUGCGCUCUCUGCGCUCCUGGACCGGUCUGCUCGACGAUGAAAUCGAGCACGACGACCGCAAGGUUGCCACCUGGUACGAGGAUAACAAGAAGCUCGUGCAGUCUAAGGUUGAGGGUCUCCGCACCGAAGGUAUUGCAUCGGAGGUUGCUCAGCUUCUCAUCGGAAACAAGGAGGGUGGUCUCCGUGGUGUUCAGCAGGUUCUCUCUAUGCUUCCUGUUGAGGAGCGUGAGUCUGUGCUGAAGUUCCUUGGUUCUGCCUAG